UCGGAUCACUGUCCUCUGUAGGACUCUAGCCUCUUUUAACAUUUUUUUUUAAACUUGCAUGUAUAACCUCGAUAGGGCUAAAAAUAGAGGAGGAGAAGGGGAAACACACACACACACACACACACACACACACACACAUCUAGGAGUGAGUUUAGAUUGCUAAUAUUAUCGAUUUUCCACCCUUCCCUUUCUAAUUCUCAGUGUUAAUUUUCCGUGCUGAUUUUGGGUUGUCUGUGCUAAUGAUGGUGGGGGAUAUGGAGAAUCUGUACUGGAUGGAGGCUUUUGUCAUUUUUCAAAGAGGGAAGUUACUCCAUUUUCUGUGCAAAAGGACUCGGCAAAGGAAAAGCUCUCAGAAGUCGCAAUGGACGGCUAUCAGGGAGAAAGAGACAGCCUGCUCUCUUUCGAGCUUAGAGGACCCUGUUCAGUUCGGCCCGGAACAAGUCCGGAAGUCAGAGUGCUCGCAGAGCAAACACGUUUUUGGGGACAGCGAGGAUCAGAAGUGUUCCACCCCAGUGUAUCCCUGGAUGCAAAGGAUGAACUCCUGCAACAGUUCCUCUUUUGGGCCAAGUGGCAGGCGAGGACGACAGACCUAUACCCGCUACCAAACUCUGGAGCUGGAGAAAGAAUUCCACUUUAACCGUUACUUGACCAGGCGUCGCCGGAUCGAGAUCGCCCACGCUCUUUGUCUUACGGAACGUCAGAUCAAAAUCUGGUUCCAGAACCGAAGGAUGAAAUGGAAAAAGGAAAACAAGCUACUCAACUCCACUCAGCUGAGUGCUGAGGAAGAAGAGGAGAAAACAACGGAAUGAGACAGCAGAGAGAGAGAGAGAAUGAAGGAGGAAGACAGCAAAAAUGCCAACGGGGGGGGCGGGCUCCAAAGGGGGGUGGGGAGAAGGCACAACCAAGACACACAUUUUGUAAAAUAUCCGAGACUGUAUGGCGGUGUUGGCCCACCUUCCUUUUGCACCCUCAGUCGCGUCCAGUAAUCUGUUGUAUCAUAAUCAAGGUUCUAGUCCCGUUUAUUUUCCCACCCUUUCUAUUGCCCCUCUCCUCCCACCACGAAUGGAUCUGUGGUGUUUUUUGGUUUUUUUUAAAUCUAGGGCGUCCUUCUUAGGAUUCCUACUAACUCUUGUAUUUAAAUGGAGGUGCUGCAAUAUAUGUGUCAAGUUUGGGGGGUAUUGAUUGUCUUCAUUUUGUAAAUCACACGUCUCAUGCACGCUUUUUACUUAUAUGUUACCUUUAAAAGAUGUUAAGUUAAUCAAACCCUAGGGUUUUUUUUGCCAUUCAAGUCUUUUUUUUUUUAAAGGAAAUAUCUAUUGAGAAGGAACAAUUGCUACCCGAAAAGUAUGGCAAAAUUUUUAAAAGGGGUGUUUUUGUUUGUUUAAUUUUAUUACAGUUUUGUACAGUGUUGUGUUUGUAGUUUUGUGUUAGCUAUGGAGAUUUAAAAAAUCCUCGAAUAAAAAGCAAAC